AAAAUCAAAGCUGUUUCCUGGGGUUGGACUUUCCUGAGUGAGGAACUAGCCUGUUGCCCUUUAGAUUGCAUAAGAGUGAUGAAAUAAAACAGGCUGGGAAGCAACUGUGCCUGGAAGCAGGACGAGAAGCACAGUUGUGGAGUGGAAGUGGAGAACCCUCUUAGAGAAUAACUCCAGAGGGCAGGCUACACCCAGGAGGCUGCUGCUUUCUUUGUGAAGGGCUACACAACCCUCGCACCUCGGACCAUGGCCAACCAAAAAGACUACAAUGACUUCUUGCAUGAGCACAAGGAGGUCUUCCGGAGGUUCCCGCUGGAGCUAGUCCAUGGGAUCCCCCUGAUGGAGCCCAUUGCUCAACAGUGGGCUCCGAUUGAAAACUUCCAGGCGCGGUCAGAUGACUUGCUUCUAUCGACUUACCCCAAAGCAGGUACCACAUGGAUUCAAGAGAUUGUUGACCUGGUCCUUACCGGCGGCGAUGUGGAAAAAGCUCGCCGAGCUCCCGUGUACAUCCGGAUCCCAUUUCUAGAAAUAUGCUCUCCACCCCCGGUGCCUUCAGGGGUCAGCAUUCUGGUAGAUACCCCAUCUCCUCGUGUGAUCAAAACCCACCUCCCCUUCCAGCUUGUUCCUAAAAGCUUUUGGGAAAAGAAAUGCAAAGUGAUAUAUGUCGCUCGUAAUGCCAAGGACAACCUGGUUUCCUACUACUUCUUUGACCAGAUGAACGUGACGCAGCCAGACCCUGGGCCAUGGGAUGGCUAUGUUAAGAAAUUCAUGGAGGGCAAAGUUCCCUGGGGCUCUUGGUAUGACCAUGUCCGGCGUUACUGGGAUGAGAAAGGAAACCACCGUAUCCUGUACCUCUUCUAUGAGGACAUGAAAGAGGACUUGGCUCGCGAGGUCCGUCGUGUGAAAGAUUUCCUGGAGGUUGAUCUGCCUGAGGAUGCCAUUCAGAAGAUUGUCCACCACGCAUCAUUCCAGACCAUGAAGAAGAACCCAAUGACAAAUUAUGAAACCGUCCCCGACGUCAUCUUUGACAAGACAAAAGGCAACUUUAUGAGGAAAGGUGAAGUUGGUGACUGGAAGAAUUAUUUCACAGUGGCUCAAAGGGAGGAGUUUGACGCAGAUUACCGGCACAAGAUGGAAGGAACGACCCUGCAUUUCCGGGAUGUAUUAUAGACUCAAAAAACUGCCCCUCUUGUAUUUUAUUCUUGGCCAAGAAAAAAAAAUACAAAUUAUUAAUAGAUUCUAAAGAAAGAGGUGGCUUCUCACUACCAGACCUAAGGUUAUAUUAUGAGGCGUCCUGCCUGUGCUAGCUUUGGGAAUGGAUAAUUUUAAAAAAUACGGAUAUUUAGACCUUGAGGAUCAUGAUAAUAGGUUUGGUUGGCAUGCAUAUCUAUGGUAUGAAAAGGCAAUGGUACAUAAAGGAUUCUUGAAUCA